CCGAAUCCAUGGCCGCUUUCAUUCACUGUCUCGAGGACCAAAAAAGUUCCAUUUAACUUACUAGUUAUUGGCAUCCUCCUUCACUGUUCUUCCUGUCACCGGAGCCUCCAUUUGGGGCUUUAAUCGUUCGGUUUCCAGAUGAUGAACGGCGGCGGCGGCAUCAAAACGGCGCUUCUCAAUCCCAAAGCCGAUUGUUUUGGGUUGAGAACUGCAUUGUUUCAUUCUACGCCUGUCCUCGACCGCAAAAGACGCAAUCAUUGGGACUCUAAAUGCAACCAUUACACGAAGAGUUUUAGAAGGAUUAAUUCAAAACAAACAUUGCUGCGCAAUGUCAGUGCCUAUGCAGAAUUCCUCUUUCAGAGUUGGCAGGAUGAGAGUGAGGCGAAUGAUCCUUCCUCGAGUAGAGGCACUUCAUGGUUUAAAAGGCAGUACUCAUUUAGGGGCUCUAAAAAAGAUCGGAACAACCAGCGACCACGGUGUUGGAGCAGAAGUUUUGAGUUUACUGAAGAUGAUCCUGAUCUUGAGACUGUCUUCCAAUCUGCAUUUGGUGGAAAUCGGUCUUAUUACUGGUCUUUCAUUAAUGAAGAGAAUCCUCAAUGGAGGAGCUCAACAAAUUACUCAAGUAACUAUGGGAGAUCUUGGAACUGGCGACAUAGGGUCCAUGAAGAUUCUGACUCUUCUAAUGAAGAUGAGGAUUCAGAGGCAAAUUUGGUGUCGCAUAGGCUUGCUCUUGGACUACAAGCAUCUGGUCCGCUCAAACUUGAAGAUGUUAAACAUGCGUAUCGAGCAUGUGCAAUGAAAUGGCAUCCAGAUCGUCACCAAGGUUCCUCCAAGGUGAUGGCGGAGGAGAAGUUCAAACUUUGCAGCGUAGCAUAUCAAUCAUUGUGCGACAAGUUAGCGGUAAAUUAAGGAUAGCAUCUUCCUAACUUUCAUCUCCAUCCAACCAAUUGCAGAUCAUUAAAGAUGAUGUCACACACAUAGGAACCUUUUUCUUUCAUAUCUCGAUUAACAAUUUUGUUGAUGUGAUAAUUUGUCAUAUUUGAAGACUGAAGUUUUGGUUAUUAGUCUCUCUUCAUUAUUGUCGAUGGUGGCCUUGGGUGCUGCUGUUUGAAUGGACAAGGCAUAAGGGUACUACUGUAUCCGUUUUUAUGGCAGAGUUAUCUAUAAUUAUAGUAGUUAAACUCGUAAAA